UAGAAUAAAGAAAGAGGAUUCCCCAGCUAUAAAUUCUGCACUUUAGAGAACAAAACCUCUGAACUUCAAAGGGCCACAAAUCAAGCCUAAUCAAAGGGUGAAAAAAAAUAAUAAUAAUAAUAGUAAUCAGCAGCCAUGAGUUCGUACGUAGCAAAUUCAUUCUAUAAGCAAAGUCAAAAUGUUCCUGCCUAUUCCAUGCAAAGUUAUGGGAAUUAUGGAUCUGUAUCCGAGGUCCCUUCAUCCAGGUAUUGCUACAGUGGGUUGGAUCUGAGCAUUACAUUCCCAUCUCCUGGUUCUUCAAACUCUCUAAACGGUCUGGACAUGCCUUCAAACCCCACCACUAACUCUGAUCGGCCUUCAUGUACUGUCAUGGGCUCUUCAGGGCACUCUCUGGGCAGAGGAGAACAGGGUGCCCUCAGCCCUGGGAUUUACAAUCAGAAACCCGGGAGCACCUCGUUGGAGGACAGAUCUAAAGGGAUUGAGAACAUCAAAGCAGAGCCGGUACAAACAACUCCACAAGGACAGCAACAGCCUCAGCAGGCACAGCAACAUCAACAGCCACCCCAAAUAUACCCCUGGAUGACCAAACUGCACAUGAGCCAUGAAACUGAUGGCAAGCGUUCCCGGACAAGCUACACUCGCUACCAGACUCUGGAACUAGAGAAAGAAUUCCAUUUUAACAGAUACCUGACACGCCGUAGGCGCAUUGAAAUAGCCAACAACCUAUGUUUAAACGAGAGGCAAAUAAAGAUCUGGUUCCAGAACCGAAGGAUGAAGUGGAAGAAAGAUUCGAAAGUCAAAAGCAAAGACUCCAUUUAAGAGGAGACCUCGAAGCAGCGAUAAUCUUAGUUUUACUACAUCUACUUUCAAAAACUUUUUUUUCUCCUUUUUGUGCGAGGGGUUGGUGGAAGGGAUCACGGGAAGGUAAAAUAACUACAGGGUGACUCUGAGAUGAUUAACAUCCAAGACCUUCUGUCUAACACAAGACACCCCUCUCCUGUAUUUUCAAAGUCAGAUAGUGUAUAGAUCUGUAUUUUGUCCAUUUAGUAUAUUAUUUUGACCAGUGUAAAAGUCGCAAGGUAGAAGAUGCAGAGGAAAAUGAAAUGUUUAGGCAGCUCUUUGCAUAGUUUACUUGUCCAGGCUGUAUUGUGCUAGACGUACAAUCUGUCCAGGGUCAAAUGAAGUUCUUCAGAAAAAAAAAAUGCUAAUUGGGAUACUGGGCUGAAAAGGGCAGGGAAAGUGUGGCUGUAUUAUAUUGUGCUUAUUAUAAUAGGGGUCAUAUCUCUGGUGACCGGUUAGAUAUGGAACUAUAAGAGAAUAAAACAAGGAAAAUGUUUCAAUCUGAAACUUUACCAUUUGUUAUAUAAAGUAUUGUACAUGCACACGGGAAUGUGUGUAAACUCACAAUUUUGUUGCCCAUGCACUUGUAUAUAGUCUCCAAGAAACAUACAUGUCACCCAUUACAAAGUGAAUUCGUUCUUUUAUCGUCAUUUUUAAUAGGUAACGUUUAUGUUACAUUUUACAUAGGGUCAGAAAUAUGCCCACCUACUCCAAUUAUACUUCGUCCAGACACUAUGGUAUAAUUUGUUAUACAGUGUUUGUGUGCAAGACUUAUUUUCUAUGGCAUGAUGGAGGGGGGAGGGGGGUUCAGCGGACUUGUUUUCAUGUGUAAUUUAUUGUAUUUUUAUUUUGUUAUUUUUUUAUUUUCGUAAUUAAGAAGUGUAUAAUACAACAGUUUGUACGUCAUUGUUUUAAUGUAAUCCUUUCUAGUCAGUUUUAUUCGAUAAUGUAACUCAUAUAUUUAUUGGUUGCAAUUUCAUAUGUGAUAAACCAUGAAUCCUAUAUUUUGUCAUAU